AUGCCCAGCACAACCCAAUACGGAUACUCGAAAGAUAGUGAGCCUGUCUCUCCGUCUGUUGACGGCCGGCAGCGGUGUUCCGUUUCAUCUUUUACUGCACACAAGGUACCCAGCAAGCAGCACCUCACCGAGCACCUUCAAUACCACCACCACCAACACCCACCGCCAGCUUCACCUUACCGCCAGCUCAAACCUACCUUUUCCCUCUCGACAACUUCACGACCUCUGGCGACUGUUGCUGCCAACUACAGAACCUCGAGACCGACAGGCUCCAACCUUCUUUCAGCGAAAACAUACUUCCACGCGCCCAACAUAGGUCCUCAUACACCACCACUUGCGCCGCCCCCAAUAUCGACCCAUCCCGAAAAUCAUACUGUUCGCGACGAAAACGACGACAACCUUGGUUCGAGUCUAGCCACAAACAACGACCGCUCUCCCCAUCUCACCACCACGACGUCGUCGCCACCACCCCGCGACCCCUCCCCGUCGAGGGACGACGUCGCGACCGAGGAUCCGGUCGACCCCAAUUCGAUUCCGCUCACCAACCUCCAGACUGUUGCCUCCGAUCCGCCAUCACGACGGCCCGACAACGCCCCGUCUCCUCGUGAGGCACCGGGUCAGCCGACGAGGACCCAGUCUCCCGAACCUGAACCCAAGGGGUCUAAACCCCUCGCAUCCUCGCCCAUGUCUUUUUUGACCAAGAACAUUUGGCCCAACGAUGGGAGGAACCGCUCUCAUGUUCCGGCCAUGCCGGUUUGGAUCGCAGGCGUCAGGAUUGCACAGCUUGUCCUCGCCAUUGCGACGUUGGGAAUAACAGUCUUUGGACUCACCACUAUGCAGAAAGCCACGGGCUAUCGCAGGAUAACGUCCUUUAGCGGUACAGAGGGUUUCCCAUUUUCAUGGUUUGCUUUCGCCUGGACCUUCUCCUAUUUGACAUGGCUUGGCGUAGCCGUCAUGUUUAUUCCCGUCAUGUACAACUGCUGGGUGCAUCUCGGCCUCGAGCUACUCACUGUCGUCUUCUGGUUGAUUACUAUGGCCCUGCUUGCUAGUCACGCAGAUGAUCUUGAUUCCCUCGAUGCCUUCAUCGUAACGUUCGGUCCCAAGUACGAAGUGUAUUAUAAGAUGAACGUUGAGCCGUUUGCCGAUGGCUUCGUAGCUGCCACGUUUGCCGGCACAGCUACCUCUGUCGUCAACCUUGUGCUCUUCGUUAUCACCAUUAGUGUCUUUGGCCGCGCUCUUCAUGCGUUACGUAAAGCAAAGUUGGAAAAGGCACCUAGCACCACCGACUCGCAAAAGACUAUCCAGGCCGAAGGGGACAAGAUGGUCGCUUCUCCGCAAAUGACUUCCGCCGUCCCGACCUACAUUCACUGGAACAACCAGUACCCGCCUCCUCAACAUCCCCACGCAUACGCCUACUACGGCCAGCCGUACGCACAAUCACCGCACUCGCAAACGAACCCGUCUCCGCCGAACUCUGUGCCACCCCAUGGAUUCCAACCGGCGUACUUCCCCGGCAGCAAUUGGCCUCCGCAGCUACCUCAGCAACAACCGCCCCCCGAAGGCGGUGUCUGGCCGGCCCAGAAUUACGGCAUGUACCAGCAGCAGGUGCCCAUCGGACCUCAGCACACGGGUCAGUCUGGCAGCAUGAUGGGGUCCCCUCAGUUCCCCAUGGUCCAACCAAUGCAGCCCAGCAAGGCGGAUCUACCAGGUGUUUACCCGACACCACCACCGGGAAGCGCAACUGUAGGACCCGGAUACCCGCCUCAGCAACCACCGCCUCCGCCAGCACCAGUUCCCGGCACCAUACACUCGCCUGUAGAGUUGAACGACGGACGCGGGGACGAAAAUAUGCCGGCAGAGCUACCAAGCAACCCUCCAAGGUCGCCCAGAUGA